CGGGGCCACGCCCACACCCACGGGCCGGGGGUGGCUGCCCGCGCACUGUCGGUCCGCAAGAGUCCGCGGCUACUCUAAGAGGCGCGAGCGCGAGUCAACAUGGCAGCGGUGCUGAGGAGAAGCUGCGGGGUCCUAAGAAAUAUUUCUCAUUUUGAGUGGAGAGCACAACAUACAAAAGCUGCUCACAAACGUGAACCCGGAUUAGGAUUUAGUUUUGAGUUAACUGAACAGCAGAAAGAAUUUCAAGCUACUGCUCGUAAAUUUGUCAGGGAAGAAGUAAUCCCAGUUGCUGCAGAAUAUGAUAAAACUGGUGAAUACCCUGUGCCCCUAAUUAAGAGAGCCUGGGAGCUUGGUUUAAUGAAUACGCACAUUCCAGAGAGUUGUGGAGGUCUUGGACUUGGAACUUUUGAUGCGUGUUUAAUUACUGAAGAAUUGGCUUAUGGAUGUACAGGGUUUCAGACAGCUGUUGAAGCAAAUUCUUUGGGGCAAAUGCCUGUUAUUAUUGCUGGAAAUGAUCAACAACAGAAGAAGUAUUUGGGAAGGAUGACUGAGGAACCAAUGAUGUGUGCCUACUGUGUAACAGAACCUGGAGCAGGCUCUGAUGUAGCUGGCAUAAAGACGAAGGCAGAAAAAAAAGGAGAUGAGUACAUCAUUAAUGGUCAGAAGAUGUGGAUAACUAAUGGAGGAAAAGCUAAUUGGUACUUUUUAUUGGCACGUUCUGAUCCAGAUCCCAAAGCUCCAGCAAAUAAAGCUUUUACUGGAUUUAUUGUGGAAGCAAAUAGCCCAGGAAUACAGAUUGGAAAAAAGGAAUUAAACAUGGGCCAGCGAUGUUCAGAUACAAGAGGAAUUGUCUUUGAAGAUGUAAAAGUGCCUAAAGAAAAUGUUUUAAUUGGUGAAGGAGCUGGUUUCAAAAUUGCAAUGGGAGCUUUCGAUAGAACUAGACCUACAGUAGCAGCUGGUGCAGUUGGAUUAGCACAAAGAGCUUUGGAUGAAGCUACCAAGUAUGCCCUAGAAAGGAAAACUUUUGGAAAGCUACUUGUAGAGCACCAAGGAGUGUCAUUUUUGCUGGCAGAAAUGGCAAUGAAAGUUGAGCUAGCCAGAUUAAGUUACCAGAGAGCAGCUUGGGAAGUUGAUGCUGGUCGCCGAAAUACCUUUUAUGCCUCUAUUGCAAAAGCAUUUGCUGGAGAUAUUGCAAAUCAAAUAGCGUCUGAUGCUGUGCAGAUUUUUGGAGGCUAUGGAUUUAAUUCAGAGUAUCCAGUAGAAAAAUUAAUGAGGGAUGCCAAGAUCUAUCAGAUUUAUGAAGGUACUGCACAAAUUCAAAGGCUUAUUAUAGCCCGUGAACAUAUUGCCAAGUAUAAAAGUUAGAGAUUGCUGUAGAGAUUGCAAAACAUGAUUCAUUGUGAACAACGGAGAUUGCAAAACAUACAUAAUCCUUUAAAAGCUAGCACAUGAUUGAGUACUUGUGCUUGAGAAAAGAGAAAGGGCUUUAAUAUUGUUCCAAUGCUUAUAUAAAUCUAUGCAUUUGAUUGUAAUCAUAGUUUGUACUUUUGUACCAAUGCAAUGAUUUUCCUUUUUUCAAACAUUUGGUCUCAUUAAAGUAUGUAUUGUCCUCAUUACCACUAUCCUUGAACAAUACUAACCUAGAAAAAAUAAUUUUAUCAUUUGUAUCUCUUAAAAUAGCAGUGAUAUCCUCUAAUUCUGAUAUUUUUAGUGACAGAAAAGUGAGCUUAUCAAGAAUUCAGAGAAUGUUCCAAAAUUUACAUUGAGAAAACAUUGUAGGAUUUGGAUACUAUCAAACAAUUUACCAAAGACUUUGUAGACUUAAUGGUAUUAUUGUAUCAAAGGAAUUUAUUUUAUAAUUUGGGAUGAAUUUUUUUAGUUUUACACAGAAAAAGAAUGUCUUGAAAAUUAUACUAUUGAGUUCACAUUGCAUUUGCCUUAUUUUCAAGUACUAAAGUUUGCCUUAAAUUAUUUUUAUAUGACUCUUAGUCUUUGGGUAACCUUUAGUCUAUUGUAUACAAUAGACUUUUUCAUUCUGAAAAGGAACUUAAAUAAAAUUAUCUGUCACUGCUUAA